AUGCGAACAACACUCUCCCCGGUUCUCGCCUCCCUGGCGAACGUCUUCCGCAUCCCCCUGUCGCAGACUGCCUCCCGCCCGGCCGCCGCCGCCGCUCUCACCCGGCUCAAUGGCAGCAACAGCAGCAGCAACAGUAUCACUACCAACAGACAAUUCUCAACGACAAGCGCAAUGGCCAAGCGCAAGAACGCCGGUCCCUCACGGGACAAGCGAGUCACAAUGAUCCGCUACUUCCUCCACCACCCGCUGACCCCGCGGCCGCUCCGGUUCAGCCGCACCCGGUUCCUGCGGCACUGGACGAUCCACCGGGCGUGGCACCUGUACCAGGCGCAGCGGCGGCGGGCGGAGACGCUGGAGCUGGAGCGGCAGUGGCAGGCGAUGCGGGCGGCGUGCGAGGAGCUGCGCACGGGCGCCGGCGACGGCGGCAAGCUGUUCCGGAAGAGCAUGAUCAAGACGGGGAUCUUCAAGGAUCUGUUCCCCAUCGAGUACGCCCGGUUGCAGACCGAGGGCCCGCCGGCGGAGGGGUGGAAUCAUGAGUGGAAGGCUUUGAAAUGA